UCGCGAGGCCGCGCCCUUGUUCGCGCGGUCUCUAGCGCGCCGUUUUAGCUGGCUGCCUGGCGGCGGGACGCUCCGUGCUGUAGCUGUGGGACGUGUUUUCGCGCUCGCUUGGUCAUGGAGGCGCGGUCCAAGCUGCUGGACGGGACCACGGCGUCCCGUCGCUGGACCCACAAGCUGGUGUUGCUCCUGCCGCCCCUGCUGCUCUUCCUGUUGCGGACCGAAGCUCUGCAAGGCUUGGAGAGUGAUGAUCGGUUCCGGACCCGCGAAAAUGAGUGCCACUUCUACGCUGGUGGACAAGUGUACCCCGGAGAGGUGUCCCGGGUUUCGGUCGCAGAUCACUCCCUGCAUCUAAGCAAAGCCAAGAUCUCCAAGCCAGCACCUUAUUGGGAAGGAACAGCUGUGAUAAACGGAGAAUUCAAGGAGCUCAAACUGACUGACUAUCGUGGGAAAUACUUGGUUUUUUUCUUCUACCCACUGGAUUUCACCUUUGUGUGUCCAACUGAAAUCAUCGCUUUUGGGGAUCGAAUUGAAGAAUUCAGAUCUAUAAAUACUGAAGUGGUAGCAUGCUCUGUUGACUCUCAGUUUACUCACUUGGCCUGGAUUAAUACCCCUCGAAGACAAGGAGGACUGGGGCCAAUAAGGAUUCCACUUCUUUCGGACCUGAACCAUCAGAUCUCAAAGGACUAUGGUGUAUACCUUGAGGACUCAGGACAUACUCUUAGAGGCCUCUUUAUUAUCGAUGACAAAGGAGUCCUUAGGCAGAUUACUCUGAAUGACCUUCCUGUGGGUAGGUCAGUGGACGAGACACUGCGUUUGGUUCAAGCCUUCCAGUACACUGACAAACAUGGAGAAGAUAAUUCCAGAUCCAGCUGGAAAACUGAAGUACUUCGACAAGCUGAACUGAAAAGUACUUCAGUUAUGAUGUUUGGACCUUCUCAAUAAAGGUCAUUGUGUUAUUACCAUAUUCAUUUGCCAUUGUGAUUUCUUGGAUACUAUCAAAAUAUAUGUCAUAGUCCAAAGAUAUUUACUGAUCAAGGUAGGCAUUAAACGUAGAAAACCAUUCUCUAUUUAAAAUAAGAAAUAAAUUAAGCCAAACUCAUAAUCGACAUAGCUGCCAUCUAUGAAGUACAUACCAGGUGGCAAGCAUUGUACUUAGGAGGCCAAACAUAUUUUCAAUUUAUAUCACAACUGUUUAUUGUAAGAUGACGAAAAUUCUGGUAAAUUACCCAAUGCUAACAUAUCUAGCUAGCAUAGGCAGCAUCAGACUUUGAACCCAGAUAACCUAACUCUGAUGUGUGAACUCUUAACAGUCCACUUUGGCUUAUACUUCUGCAAAUCUUUGAGCUGAAAAGUUGUGAAUACUUUCCACAGUAUCAGAUAUGGAUAGUUGACUGACCCCCAUAGUUCAAGCUCACUGAUCUGUAAUACAGAAGCUUCUAAAGCUCCAUUCUUUCUCUAAACUCAUAUUUUCAAUUUAGAGGAAAUCUAAAAGUAGUAGGUUAUAUGCUUGUAUUUAAUUUAAGAAAUAAAAACUGAAUCUCUUAAGUA